AUGAAUCAAGUACCUUCAUCAAGAUUUAUAGAAGAAGAAUCCAUGGAAGAAGAAGAGGAGAGCCCGAACAAUGCCGGCCCAGGCCCAUGCCCAAGCCCCGGCCCACGAAAGAAACUUCGUCUCACCCAUGAACAGUCUCGCCUUCUCGAAGAAAGCUUUCGACAAAAUCAAACCUUAAACACAAAACAAAAGGAGUCUUUGGCCAAGCAAUUGCACCUAAAGCUAAGGCAAGUUGAGGUUUGGUUUCAAAAUCGUAGGGCAAGGAGCAAGCUCAAGCAAACAGAAAUGGAGUGUGAGUACCUGAAAAGGUGGUUCGUUUCGCUGACGGAGCAAAAUCAGAAGCUACAGAAGGAGGUGGAAGAGCUCAGGACGGUCAGAUCCGGUGGCCGGCCCCACGGCUGCCACCCGCCGCAGCGGGCGACAGCAUCCACUCUCACGAUGUGCCCACGAUGCGAGCGCGUGACGGCCACUCUCACAGAGAUGGGCCCGGCCGUCGGCAGUACGAUGACUUUCCUACAGGCCCGACAUCCUUCCGCGUGUUACAAUUAG